CCUUCUUCCCUCAGUUUUUUUCAAAUUUCCUCUGAACUAACACUCACACCUGUUCCCUGUCAGAUCAUUCAAAAAAAUAAUUUUUAAUUCAAAUAAAAAAAGAGGAAAAAAGUUCUCUUCUCUGAAAGAUUGAACAUUUCCCUCUUUCACACGGAAAUGAGGUUGUAAAAACUAAUAAGAUCCUCCAGCUUCGUUGAACCAACCUUUGUUUUUUUUCUUUUUUUUUUUGGAUUUUUGGUUCCAUUUUUGUAGCUUUGAAAGCUUGGUUUUGGAUCUGAAAGAGAUAGAUUUUGGUGUGCUUUGAUCGGUUUUAUUGAGAGAUCGGAAAAUGGUGAUGAAAGAGAGAGACGAGGAGCUGGCUUUGUUCCUGGAAAUGCGGAGACGAGAGAAGGAGAAAGAGAAGAACAACAAUCUUCUCUCGCUUCACAACUCGGAACAACUCAAUGCUCCUCUAGGAUCUAACGUCAACGUCAACGGAAACGGCGGCGGCGGUUCUCCGAUAUCGAAGAUAGUAUCGGCUGUGCCGGUACGGAAGACUGCAGCUGAUAUUUUUUUGAAUUCGGAGAAUGAAAAGUCAGAUUAUGAUUGGCUUCUUACUCCACCUGGUACACCACUAUUUCCCUCUUUGGAGAUGGAGUCGCAGAAGACUCUAAUGAGCCAGAUUGGGAUGUCUAAUGCUCGCCCUACUGCUCUGAAAACAAGGCUGGCAAAUCACCGGGAGGAACCUGCUUCAAAGAGCACUCUAGCACCAAAGCAACAAACUUUGUCAGCCGGACUAAACUCUUCCACAAAUCUUAAUAAAAGGCCAUCAUCUUCAGGGGGUCCAAAAUCUGCUAGUAGACCUGCAACACCUACUGGCCGGCCCACUCUACCCACAGCAACCAAGCCUACGAGAUCUUCUACACCUACAUCACGAGCCACCUUGCCUUCCACAAAACCUGCUGCUUCUACAGCAAGAUCCUCAACUCCAACUAGAUCCACAGCACGUUCUUCUACACCAACUGCUAGACCCUCAUUGCCAGCUUCCAAGUCAACAUCAAGAUCGGCUACACCAACCCGUCGACCAGCUACCUCAUCUAGUACUCCUAUUGCAUCUGCACCUACUGGUCGAUCGUCUUCAGUAACGAGAUCAGCUCCCACAACUUCUUCAGUACCGAGAUCAGCUCCCCUUACUUCUUCAGUUAUGAAAUCCGCCCCCCCUAUGUCUUCUGCAACAAAAUCAGCUCCCACUACAUCAAAAAAUUCAGUACCAUCACGAGGCACAUCUCCAACAGUAAAGUCUAGGCCUUGGAAACCGUCUGAGAUGCCUGGUUUUUCACUUGAUACCCCACCAAAUUUAAGGACAUCAUUGCCAGAAAGACCAGCUUCAGCCACACGGGGGAGGCCAGCAGCAGGUGGCACCAGGUCAGCUUCUGUUGAGGCCAGUUCUAAUGGAAGACCAAGACGUCAGUCCUGCUCUCCUGCUAGAAGUAGGGCAUCAAGUGGCAGUGUUUGUGGUAAUGGGAGCUCCAUUCGUUCUGCUCGUAGAGCAGAUACUAAUGGUAGUGACAAUGACAGUCCAGUAGUGAUAGGAACAAAGAUGGUUGAGAGAGUGGUAAAUAUGAGGAAACUGGUACCCCCAAAACAAGAUGACAAUCCUUGUAAUAACCCUACUGCAAAAUUAUCUGCUUCCCUUGACAGCUCAGGCUUUGGAAGAACACUCUCGAAGAAGUCUCUGGAUAUGGCUCUGAGACACAUGGAUAUCAGGCGAAGUAUUCCAGGCAACCAGCGUCCUCUUAUGACAAAUGUUCCAGCUUCCUCCAUAUAUAGUGUGAGAUCAGGAUCCACAAAGAGCAGGACUGUAAGUGUUUCUGAUUCUCCUCUUGCCACAAGCAGCAAUGCUAGCUCUGAGCCAAGUGUCAACAAUAAUUCAUUCUGCAUUGAUGGGAUUGAAAUGGAAUACAACGAUCUCAGUAGCGAGAGAGGAAACUCCUCUCCCACCAGCCAGCCAGCGCGCUAGCUGACCAGCAGACUUUCCAUUCCAAAAAUAUAUAUCGAUUUACAAGCUCAUCAUAUUCCUACGCGAAAGCUCAGUCAGCACGAUGAUUAAGAAACAACCUGUUUCUCGAAAGAAGGUGAUUGGUAAGCCACAUUUCAAAUUUCUGUAAUCUGUUAGCUCUUGUAGGCAAUCAAUCCUCCAGUAUAUUAAUGUGUAAGAAUGAGUUAGAUCUUGGGAAACAAGAAACUCUUUAUGAUUAAACUGUAAUUCCUGGAAAUGGAAGUUAUGGAACUGCUCCCUGCCUUCCUCAAA